AGCUUUUUGCCGCGUUCGAUCGGGAAGUUGAUUCUUAUUAGGCACUAGGAAGGCGCGCACAGACCGCGUCCCAUUAAUGUAGCAAAAACGUAAUCUGUAUAAAACUGGAGAACCCAAUCCAUCUCCUCCAUAUCUCAGAUCUUUUAUUUCUUCAUCUUCAUAUCCUCUCUGAUCUUUUGGGUUUCAACUGAACAUAAAAAAUGGGUGGUGGGAAAGACAAGCAUCACGACGACGAAGCAGACAAGGGGCUUUUUAGCCACCUUGCACACGGAGGAGGUUCGUACCCGCCUCAGCACGGGUACCCGCCGCAGCAGGGCGGCUAUCCUCCGCAAGGGUACCCGCCCCAGCAGGGUGGCUAUCCUCCUCAAGGGUAUCCUCCCCAAGGUUACCCGCCUCAACAGGGGUACCCACCGGCUGGGUAUCCUCAGCCUGGCCAUCACGGCUCAUCUGGACACCAUGGUGCAGGGGCGUUGCUGGCUGGUGGUGCGGUCGCUGCUGCAGCUGCUGUCGGUGCUCACCAUCUCACUCAAGGUGGUCACCAUGGCCAAGGUUCUCACGGUAUUCUCCCUGGCGGUUACGGUGCUCACAAUGUUGGUCACGGCUUUGCAUCACAUGGCGGGAAGCAUGGGAAGCAUGGCAAGCAGGGGAAAUUCGGGAAGCAUAAGAAAGGCAAGUUCGGCAAGCACGGUGGAGGCAAGUUCAAGAAAUGGAAGUGAUCCCUAACAUACUGCAAAAAACUCAACAGAAAUGCUGAUCCUAUAGACUAAGUAAAUAAGCUGUCAAUUACGCGAUGUAGUUCGAUGGAAGUCUGUUAUGUGUUUAAUUCUGCAGAAUUAGAACCAUCUGUUUUUUCUUGUGACUUUGAUUCCAUAUGUGUUGCCUCCUUGGCCAUUUGACCCUUAUUGGUAAUAUUUCUGCUUGUAGAAAUGUGUUUAAUUCUGGUGUUCGUUUCUAUCAUAUUAGGGUUGACUUGAAAUGAAGGCAUGCAUGUUUGGAAUUG